UUUCCCGGUAAGAAAACAGACAGCCGAUUAGCGAAAACCCAAAAACGAACAUAUCGAAGACGGGAGAAUGAUUUCCGUUUGCUCCGCUCGAACAAUUCAAGCUUCACCUUCUUCUAUUCACUUCUUUUUCCCUCGAAAUCGUAGGAGAAUCGAUUCAAAUGUUCUUCGAUUUUCCGCCAAUUUCUCCAGUAGAUGCUCCGAUUACGAUGAAUAUAGUGAAGCUCAAUCCGAACGGAUAGCCAAUUACGCCGGAACCAGACUGGAAGAGACCGUGGACAUCAAUCCCGGUAAAGUUCGUCUCGAUUCUUGGAUAUCUUCCCGCAUUAACGGUAUUAGUAGGGCUCGAGUUCAGUCCAGUAUCAGAGCGGGAUUAGUUUCAGUUAAUGGCCGAGUUAUCGAUAAGGUUUCUCACAAUGUAAAAGCUGGGGAUGUGAUCAAUUGUACCAUAUCCGAGUUGCAACCAUUGAGAGCUGAACCUGAAGAUAUUGAUUUGGAUAUAGUUUAUGAAGAUGAACAUGUUUUAGUCGUAAACAAACCUGCUCACAUGGUUGUUCAUCCAGCACCUGGAAAUGCGACGGGAACACUAGUAAAUGCCAUUCUUAACCACUGCAGUCUCCCGAUGGUUUCAACAUCAACUGGGGAACAUCAGUCGGAUUCGGAUGUUUCAGAUGAUGAGUUCAGUUCAAUUGAAGUUUUUUCUAGAGUUUCUGAGGCGCCUAUUCGUCCCGGUAUUGUGCAUAGGUUAGAUAAAGGAACUAGUGGGUUGCUUGUUGUUGCCAAGGAUGAACAUUCCCAUGCUCACUUAUCUGCUCAAUUCAAGCAACAUUCUAUUGAGAGAGUUUAUAUUAGUCUCACAUGUGGAGUUCCACCCUCAACUGCUGGGCGUAUUGAGAUACCAAUUUGCCGUGAUCCAAACAAUCGUAUCCGCAUGACUGCAACACAUGGAACAAAAAAUAAUCCACAUGCAAAGCACGCUGCUAGUAGAUACAAUGUUAUGGAAAUUUUAGCCCAAGGAGGUUCUUCAUUGGUUGAGUGGAGAUUAGAAACAGGCCGCACGCAUCAGAUACGUGCACAUGCGAAGUAUAUGGGAAUACCGUUACUUGGAGACGAGGUCUAUGGAGGUACCAAGAGCAUGGCCAUGUCGCUGCUUCGAACUAGAGCAUCAUCUAAUUGUCACGGCCAACUCAUGCAGCUUGUUUCUUCAUUAGAGAGGCCCUGUCUUCAUGCUCUGACUCUUGGGUUUGUACAUCCUCACACGGGGAAGAACAUACGUUUUUCAUGCCCACCCCCAACAGAUUUUGCUGAAAUUUUGAGUCAGCUUCGUGAAAUUGGCACAAAAAAGUUGCAGGUUACCAAAUCUUAGCUGGGAGCCUCCAGUAUCUGGCGAGUAGACUCAUCGUCAAAUGGCUCUAAAAUGAAAGAUCAAAAAGGAAAUGCUCCGAUUGCUCAAUAACUCGUAUUGAAACUGAGAUUUAGCAGCAUGCAACAAGAGCAUAAGGUCAGCAGAAACCCCACACGAUAUCGGUCCUCCCCACGGUGUUUCUUCUAUCCAAACUAUCAUGUAAGGUAUCUGAUAUUGGUAAUGAUAUGGUAUUCGUAAGGGCACAAGGGUAGUUAGUUAAAAGUUUGCGUAGUUGGUUAUAAAUAGAGGGGAGCAUACUUUCCCUCAGUCCCCCAAUUCUCCCCUAUUUGUAACCAACUACGCUAAUUUCCUGGCUAACUACGCCAACGCCCUUACUAAUACAAUACUAAUAUCCGGACCUUAAAUAGGUACUUUAUCGUUCGUUGCUUGUGUCGAACAUUUUCCUACUCUCCAUGUGCAAUGGAACCUCAUGUUCAACUUAAUGUUGAUGGUAAGCCACCAUUCCUAUUAAACAUUCGAUUCCAUUGCAAUCUUCUUUUUCGGUUUCAUAUGAUUUAAAUAAUAUGUUUCGAAAGAUGACAAAAUUGAAUGAUUAUUAUUUUUUUAGAUUUCUAAUAAAAGUCACUAAUAGGAUUAUGAUUGGUUUCA